AUGCUUGCCAAGACCUAUAUGUCUAUGUGGCUGCUGCUCCCUGGGGCCGGCUUGCUGUUCCCUUACAUCUCCCCCUGUGAGGUACGCGUGGUCCUGAUAGUCUACUCGUCCAAGAAGAAGAUCUUCAUGGGCUGCAUCCCCAGUGACCAGAGUGGCUUCGUCAGAGCCUUACGGCAGGUCAUCACCGCCUGCAAGCAGUCCGUCCAAGAGGUGGCUUCUGUCACACAUCUACGUGAACCAAGGAGGACUGAGCAGUGGCCGAGGGACCUGUACCUGCAGCUUAUCCCGAAGCAGCUACUAACCAUGCUGGUGCCACUGUUCCAAAACUUGUGCCUUGUGCAGUUCCAUUUCACCAAGGACCUGGAGACGCUCAAGAGCCUGAGCCGAGUCAUGGACAAUGGUUUUGUCGGCUGCGUGCACUUCCCCCAAAUGGCCCUCUGUGAGAUGCGCGUGCUCAUGCUGCUGUACUCCUCGGAGGAGGAGAUGUUCGUGGGCCUCAUCCCCCAUGACCAGAGCGGCUUCCUCAGCAGUGUCCAGCGAGUCCUAGCCAACCAGCAGCAGGUCUUGCAGUAGAACCUGGAGCAGGAGCAGCAGCAGCGAGGGAUGGGCGGGUAG